AUGGCGGAAGCAAACUCCAAAGGAAAGUCGCCCAAAAAAUCGCGUGGAUACUCAUGGAAAGAGGAAGAUGUAAAGGAAUUAAUUCAAAUAAUGCAAGAAGAGACAGUUAUGUUUAGUCUGGAUAAUGCGAAGACGCCAAAGGAGAAAAGGGCCGCUUACAAAACUGUUCAAGUACAGAUGCAAAAGAAAGGUAUUAAUAUCAGUUUAGAUGCCAUCAUUAACAAAUGGAAAAAGCUGAGACAGCAGUACAAACAACAUCACGAUAAGCAAAAAAGAAGUGGCACUGAACGUCAGAAAAAAUGGAAGUUUUUUGAUGAGAUGGAUCAAGCAUGUGGUCACAGGGACACAUCUUCGCCUGCAUGCCUUAUUGAUUCAAGUGCACCUGCUGAAAGUACAGAUUUGGAUAGCGGAACAGAAGGGAACAUUGAGGACGAAACCAACGUCGAAUCUGGUGAUGAAGCUGACAAUGAAGAGUUGAGCUCAAAUUCAAAAGGCAGUGUUGAGGGAAGCAGUGGGGCAAGAGAGGAAAGACUAAGUGGGGCAAAAAAACCCAAAUUGGAGAUGGAAGCGGAAGCAAAAACUGAUACGAAAAAAAACAAAGUUGUCAAGAAAGGCAAAAUGACCAGAUUUGAGAAAUCGUUUGCAGUGUUAACCGAGAGCUUCAAAACUGCCGCUGAACAGGAGAUGGACAUGCUUGUAAAGCUUGAGAACAUGCGCCAAAAAGAAAUGUUGGUGCACGAAAUACGGCUGAAAGAAUUAGAGAAUGAGCGUCGCAGGGAGGAGCGACAACAUGAGCUGAUGUUGGUUAAUCUUUUAAGCCAAAAUAGAAAUCCAUUUCAAAGAAUGGAUUUCUAUGAAGGAAGCAACCCUGUCCACAGUGGCAGUGAGAGCAGCUUUUAUGAAAUGUAAAGACUUAUAGUUUUCAGAGGUUGCCGUUGGUUGUUGUUGAUGUGAAGAGACAAUUUGUGAAAAGGCUUUUUUCCCUCUGUUUUGUAACCAUCUGGUUCACAUCUUUCAUACGGAAAUAGU